CGAACUGGUUUACAAAACGGUCUAACUUCAUCGGAGCCAAAGCGAACCAGAAGAAUAGCAGGUUGAGCUGACACAAUCUCUGAACCUUAUACCGUUGUACGUCCAAACACACACACAUUGGCGCUGGUGAAGAGCCAUGACGGAUUGGGCUUUCGCACAUAGAGUUUGGGAGAAAUGGGCAUCUAAUAACGUGGGUUCAUCUGGUGAGAAACUUCGAGCUUCAGAAAUGCCCUGUUGCUAUCUUUACGUGGACAAACAAGAGAGAGCUGAACAGCUUCAAAAUUUGCAGAUCAUUUAUGCUGGCAGAGCAGAGCAACAUGGGAUAAAAGCCAAGCCUGUUGAGCUGGGCCCAUUUAUUGACUUCAUCAAACGGAACAAUCUACAAGGGGAAUGCUUCUUCAUAGGUCAAAAUCAAUAUAUGAUCACAUCAAUUCAUGAGAACUGGUUCUGUGCAAGGUGCGUGAAUACCCAAAAACCUGCUGGUGAAGGCGUUAUAGUCAUGCAGACGACAGCAUUUCUGUUAGUUGCAUUGUAUGAUGGCUCAAUUGGUUCUGCAUCCCGUGCCAUGGUGGUGAUUGAUCAAUUUGCAUGGCAGUUGGGUCGUAAAAAUCUCUAGUCUAGCAUUCCAUGGUGCUGCAACAUUCAAUUCUAACUUGUAAUUUUAAUGAACCACACACUGAUUAGAAAAUCUACCUAUAAGCAGGGUCCUUAAUUUUUUUUUGUAUUGUUUGUCUUUUAAUAUCGUGUGUAGGUAUCAAGUGCAGAAAUGAAAUAAAGACUUUUUACCUAUCCAUGUAGGUAUCAAGUGCAUCUGUGCUGGACAUAGCUUGUGGCCAUAAUUGCCAUUAGCAGGAAUUUCCAAUUUACACAUACUGUGCAUGCUAA